CGUAACGAGCGUAGGACAAGAUGGCGACACAUCAAGUCUUAAUUGUCGUGAAUGAGUUUUCCGGGCCAAAUAUCCGCCUCCCGUGAGGCUGCGCUUUGCGUCGAGCACAAUAAUACUGGUCUGGAACUGUUGGCGGUGGGAGGCGUCCCUGUAGGCACCAAAACAAGCCGUGACUCGCCAAGAAUUUCUCCCUUGACAACCGGGGAGGUGAGCGCUUGAGUGACGGGAUGGACGGUGGCGAGUACGUCUCCACCAUGGAGAACAUGGACCCCAGUUUAGCGGAAUUAGGAGACGAAUUCACCCUGGGAGACAUCGACGAGAUGCUGCAAUUUGUCAGCAACCAGGUUGGAGAUCUGCCAGACUUGUUCGACGAUCAGAUGAACCAGUCGGGCAUCAACGGCGGGCCACGAGCCGCCAACCCAAACCCUCAGCCUCCCCUCGCUCCACAGACGCCGACCUCUGGGACCUACCAGAACACUGGCUUUCCUGCCAGCCAGACCCUCUCCCCUCAGUCCAUGCCCCUCACCCCCCCGCUCACGCCUGCCCAGACGCCUUCUCCUCCUGCAGGACAGCAGCAGGUGACCCGCAUCCCCCCUCUGCUGCAGCCCCGACCUCAGGUGGUCCAGGCCAUCCAGCCUCACCCCCAGCAGACGUCUCAGGCCACCAUCCAGAUGCACAAUCAGAUUCCCAUGCAGACGCAAAGCUUUCCAGUUCACACGCUGGUCCAGACCCACAACCAGACCCUUCCCAUUCAGACACAGGCCGCACAGACUGUGAUGAUCGCCUCCAACGGGGGGCAGCAGCGCUUCAUCCACAACCCGGUCAUAUGCCACCAGAGUCCCGCGCCCAGUUUCCAAGUCCUGCAACCACAGAUGCAGAGCAUCGUGACGUCACCGCAGCUGCAACCUGUGACCAUUCAGCACCAGCGUGUUCUGACCCAAACUGGCCAAACCAUCCAGACCCUCUCCACAGCGCCGACUGCAGUCCACACUGUGCAACAGCAGAUGCCUGUUCUGGUCCAGCAGCCACAAAUACUGAAGACAGAUUCUCUGGUUCUGACAACACUGAAGCCAGAUGGAACUCAGGUGUUGUCCACUAUGCCGAGCCCCGCCGGCAUCACCACACUGACCACACCCAUCCAGAACACGGCACUGCAGGUUCCCACGUUGAUGAGCAGCAACAUUCUCACCACGGUGCCUGUCGUAAUGGGGGGCGGUAGUGACAAGCUUCCCAUCAAACAGCUACAGACUGGCUCCGCCCACCCGUCUAACACACCGCGACAAUGUGUGGAGCAGAGUCCGGUGAUGGGUCCGGGAGGGGUGGUGAAGGAAGGCGAGAGGAGGACCACCCACAACAUCAUAGAAAAGCGCUACCGCUCCUCCAUCAACGACAAGAUCGUGGAGCUGAGAGACCUGGUGAUGGGGAACGAUGCCAAGAUGCACAAGUCGGGGGUCCUGAGAAAGGCAAUCGACUACAUCAAGUACCUGCAACAGGUGAACCACAAACUGCGACAGGAGAACUUGGCCCUCAAGAUGGGGAACCAGAAGAACAGUGAGUGGAAAGUUGGUCUGAAGCUGAAGUGCAAAACCAGCGCUGAGUCUCCGUGUUCCGCAGAACAAGUGUCGCUCUCUGACGACGUGGAGCUGAAACAGGAGAACCUGAUGAUGUCACCUCCACCGUCAGAGUCGGGUUCAGGAUCACCUCACCAGUUCUCCCCGUACUGUGUAGAUUCCGAGCCUGGAAGUCCUCUGUUGGAGCACGACCAGAUGAAGGAUGAACCGGACUCGCCCUCCUCGGUCGGCGUGAUGGACGGAUCUCGGCUGCUCCUCUGUAUGCUGACCUUCUUCUGUCUGUCCCUGAACCCUCUGCCGGCGCUCCUGGGGUCUGAGCCCUCUGGGACCUCCAGUCUGCCCUCAGGACAUGGACCUUCCAGGUCCCUUUUCUGGACUCCUGGUCACUCGCAGGACUUUGCGUCUUGGCUGCGCUGCCUGCUGCCAUGGGUGAUGGUGUGGGUGCUCAGUGGGGUGGGGGCGGUGUGGGGCUGUGUCAGGGUCCUGUAUUUGUGGGAGCCUGUCACACCGCUUCACUCCCCGAAAUCCGUGUCCUUCUGGAGGCACCGCAAGCAAGCGGACCUGCAUCUGAAGCGCGGUGACUACUCUGCAGCCAUGGUCAGUCUGGAGACCUGCCUGUCUGUCCUGACCAGAGCGCUGCCCCUAACACGACUGGACCUGGUCUGCUCGGUGACCUGGAAUGUGAUCCGCUACUGUCUGCAUCGUCCCACUCCUCUGGGCUGGCUGGUCCAGCAGGUCAGAGGGAGGCACGAGGGCGACGAGGCUCGGACCAGCGCCAGGGAUGCGGCCCUGGUUUACCACCGGCUGAGUCAGCUGCAGCUCACAGGCAAACUGCCGCAGCGCAGCGACUGGUGGGCGCUGUCUCUGUCCCUCAGUGCCGUCAACCUCAGCGAGAGUGCCAAAGGGAAGAUGGACCCGGCGCAGCUGGCCAGGAUCUACAUCACCGCAGCCACCGCGCUGCGCUCUGUGCUGGGGCACCACCUCACCUGCCUGCCGGGCUACCUACUCAGCUGCGCCGAGAGCGCCGCCCUGCCGUCAGAGAGCAAGCAAAACCCUGACGGCGCCGACUGGCUCUUCACACCUCUGGGGCGGCAGUUCUUCCUCAGCUGCGAUUGGUCGGUCAAGUGUGAGAACGUGGAAGGCGUGUUCACGUCUCCGAGAGAGUCAGCCGACCCCAUCGCUCAGCUGCAUCGGUGCUUCUGCAGGAAGCUGCUGGAGCGAGCCGUGCACACGCUCAUCCAGCCCCAGAACCACGCAGGAGGUCGAAGGACGGAUUCCGGGGAGUUUUCCAGCGCCUUGGAGUUUCUCCAGCUGUUGAACAGCUGCACGGAGGACUCUCCUCUUCCUCCUCCUUCUUUUUCGACUCCUCCCAGUCAUACCAUCACACCAGUUGGAGACCCAGUGUGUCGCUGGUGGGCUCUGUUCCUGAAGGCUGCCGUCUAUUGGCUGCAGGGUGAUGACCUCACCGUGAGGUCACUGUUGGCUGAAGCCGAUCGCAUGCCAAGAGCCCUGCACGCUCUGGAUCACUCGCUGCCCAAAGCCGUGCUGCUGCUCUGCAAGGCCGUGCAGAUGAGUCUGUGUCCUCUGAAGGGAGAAGGAGCCACGUCCUGCCUGUCUCAUUGUGACCGCGCCAGCAGCUUCCUGCGCGCCGGCAUCUCCGUGCCCGUGGCUCAGUCGGGGAACUGGCUCAACAAGGGCAUGGAGCUGCUGGUCUGCGACCUGCUGCUGACUCUAAGGACCAGUCUGUGGCAGCGAGGGGGCAGCAGUAACGGGGAGCCCAGUCCCACGCCUGGAUCCCAGCUAGCUGGGUUCCAGAGGGACCUGAGCGCUCUGAGGAAGCUGACGCAGUGCUACCGACAGGCGCAGCACAAGGUGUUUCUCCACGAGACUACCGUGAGGCUGAUGGCCGGAGCCAGUCCCACCAGAACCCACCAGCUGCUGGAGCACAACCUGCGGCGCCGGACCAACAGCUCGCACCCGGCCGAGGGCGAGUGCGUACUGGGGGAGAGGGAGCGUGCUCACGCCAUCCUUCUGGCCUGCCGCCACCUGCCCAUGCCCCUGCUGACCCCGCCCGGGCACCGCGCCCGCCUGCUGGCCGAAGCCAAGCGCACCCUGGAGCGGGUGGGAGACCGGCGCUCGCUGCAGGACUGUCAGCAGAUCCUACUGCGCCUGAGCGGCGGCACCACCAUGGCUGCCUCCUGAACACACGCACACGCACACAUGCACACACACACAAACGCACACAGGUUUAGCUUGCUCUGCUCACUGCUGGCGUUUAGGAUGACUCAGCAUUUUUAACCACCGCUGUCACUGACAACAAAACUUUAGAAAAUAAUCAUAUUUUUAUCAUGUAUUGCAAAUAGUUUUAUUGUCCCAGCUCGUAAUUCUCAAGUUAUUUCGUGCUGCGUUCAGGGACUUCCCGAAAUUCCACCUGUAACUGACCGUCAGCUUCGAUUUUUCACUCUGUACUCGCAGUUAUAAUACAAUGGCGCCCCCGUGCGGCCAUGUGGCGGUACUGUGCAGUACAGUCGGAACCGUGAACAAUGUCUUUCUUCGGGGUCCCAGUUGUCAUGGAAACAGAACGCGAAAUUUAAUAGUAGUCGUUCCAAACAAUUUCUAAAGGCAUAAGAACAACUCUGAUGUUUGAAAAUUUUAAUUAUUUUCCACGAAAAUUAGUGCCGGAGUUUGAGAUGUGUCUGAAUUAUCUUUCCUGUUUGCUGGUGUUUGUCGCUCUCACUCCUGCAUCAUCGCUUAUCCUCGCCUGGCUAACCCAGUGAAGGGACCCAAAUUUGGACGUGUGGAGGCAAAGCCCUCAGUCAGAACUGCAGGAGAUUCAAACAGUCAAAAGGUUCCGGUCUCGAGGUCCACGCUUCAGAUUCUGACGUGGCUUUUUUCUCUAAUCUACCUCAAACCACAGAGCGGCGCCGGGUCUGGACGGGCCGAGUUCAGAGGUCGCAGCAGAGCAGAGCAUCUUGCAUUCAUCGCAAUAUCAUUGUACAUAAGUGUAAAUAGGCAGAUUGAGCUGAAAGAGGAAGUGACACGGCAGAGGAAGUCACACUCUCAUGGUCAAAACAUCUGCAGGCCCAGUCUGAGAAUAGAGGCCCAGAAUUCGUAGGAAAAAAGUAGUGCAAUAAAAUCAAUCAAGUUGAAUGAGUUCCAUGAAACUUUACUGACUAAAGGACACAGAAUUCCAUCCUCCAUGUUCCGAAAAAAAAUGUGGGGGAAAAUGUAAUGUUUUCUUUUGUUUGUCGGCGUUAAAAUAUUUGUGAGAAAAAAUAAUUUCUGCACUUAAAUUAAAUUACAUAUUUAAGAAAGAAAAAAGCAGAGUAGUGUAAAGAAAAUGUAAAAGUUAAAAAUACAUUUAAACACAAAAA